CGUAUGAGCUACGGCUCAUUAGCAUUUAAUUUUUAUUUUUUAAAAAAAUCUCUGUGUCUGUCUCGAUAUUUUUUGUUGGGCCGUGAUUCUAAAAGUACCAAAUAAAUUUAAAAUUUACCAAAAAAAAUUAUUUACCAAAAAUAGAAUUCUUACGUCGGUGGAUUUCUUAGCUUCUACAGCAUCAAUGGAGUGUUCAACUAAUCAAUCCCCAAGUUCCACCUCUACUGGCUUAAAACAUUCUUAAUACCAGAAGGAAUCUAGGAAUAGACAAAUGAAUUUGGUGCAAAGAAAAAGAUGGUGCUUACUUUGUUAAUUCUGGAUACCGAGUUGCUUUAGGCUUCUUCCAUCCACCGAUUGGUUUUCUCUCAAAAGUCUUGAAGCAGAAAACAUUAUGGAGAUCAAUAUGGUUAAUUAAAGCCCCAGCCAAGACCAAGCUUUUUGUGUGGCGAGCUAUCCAUGAAGUUCCAUCAUUCCAUAACCAUUUCAAGAACUAGAAAGAUGGAAGGGGAAGAAACCGACAACAUUUCUUCAUUACCCGAAGCGCUUCUCCUCAACAUUCUUUCCUCGCUUCCUUUCAAAGAAGCAGCGAAAACAUGUAUCCUCUCCAAGAAGUGGUUGAAGAUGUGGCAAUCUACCAACACAGUGAAGAACAACCAAGUCGAAUGCAAGGACGUAGAAGCUUAUGGAGCCGUUGAAGUAGCGCAAAGGAAGGCUUUCAAGAACUUCAUCAAGAUCUGGAUUACAUUGCACAAACGCCACCAUCUCCACGAUAAAUUCACCCUCAGGGUUUCUCCUCCUUCGAACUGCGGUGACAUCGUUGGAGCCUACGUCAAUUUCGCCGUAGAGGACGGCGUGAAAGAUUUGGAACUCGAUUUCGCGGAAUCGCAGUCGGAGGACGAACAUCCUGAAGAGAAUAUCCACGAUGCGGUUGAAUUUCCGAGAAGCCUUUAUGAGAACAAGAAACUGCACCAGAAGCUCGAGAGUUUGAAACUGCACUCAUGCAGUUUCGCGCCUGGAAAUUUCGCCAAUUUUGUGGCACUGAAAGAUGUCACUCUUGCAAGGAUUCCGUUGGAAUUGGAAUCGAUUAGGACGCUGUUAUCGACGUGCGAGUGGAUGGAGAGUUUGAGCCUGAAGAACUGUUGGGAUAUUGAAUCCUUUGAUAUAGAGAAAUUGGAACUGAAAAAGUUGGUGAUUGAUAGGUGCAUAUUUCGAAUGGAUUAUAUCGGUUUUGAGGCGCCAAAUUUGAAGGUUUUCAAGUACUGUGGUUCGGAGCCGCCGUUGUCUGAAGUGAAGGUGGUAGCUGGCACCAUAGAGGAGGCAGAUCUUGAUUUAAGCCCCAUGGAUGAGUUCGAUGAAUGUGGCAACGAACUUCAGAAUUUUCUUCAAGAUUUCUUUGUGGUCAAUGUUCUUACAGUUUGCAGCGUGAUUCUUCAGGUGAUUCCUUAGGGAGAUGCACCGGUGAGGCUGGCAGGGGGUUUGAGGGUGAGACACUUGAAGAUGAAAAUCCAAAUGCAUCCCCAAGAAUUUUGCGGAUUCUUUUGGUUUCACAACAGUUGUCCUAGAUUGACCAAAGUUACAAUAGACAUUGACCGCUGCAAU